AUGAUUUCUCCAAGUCUCAGCAGACAAACAGAAUCAAUUCGUGCAAAAGCAAAUUUCCACGCGGUCGAUAAAACAUUCUUCGAACUUUCAAAUAGUUAUCCACAAGACCAUAAACAUUCAAACAACAAUAAAAUUCUUGCAAGCAAAUUUAACACAGCUCAGAGACGCUGGAAACAUAUCAUUGUGCUAGUUCACAUUUUAUUUGAAAAUCAUUAA